GUUAUCAGUGGAAUGCUCGCUGAGGGCCUACAACUCUGUCUGUGAGAAUACUCUACCAAUAUGGCGGACGUCAUAGAAGGCGAUUCGAUAGGAAAUUUAAAAAAUUCAGAAAUAGCUGUGCAGGUAGAAGACGCUGUUAAUGAUGUUCUCGUCGUGUCCUUUAGAUACCAGGGCAAAGUUUAUCAGGGGGCUCUGCUUGACUCUACCAAGAGGCAAUUUCCGUGCGGCAUAACAGCGCCAAAGGACUUCCUAACACCGCCCCCGCCGCCUCCAGUCGUCAGCCUGGAAGGCGAAGGCGCGGAGGCAGCUCAUGUCAACAACGUGGUCCACCGACACACCUACUUCCAGAACAACGGUGAGCUGCACCCUCCCUUAAACUUCAAAUCGCUGAAGGGCCAAGGCAACAAGCAGCGCCAGCCAAACAAAAAGUUAACCGUCAGGCUGCGGCCGCGCAAAGUCCUCUGUGCCAAUUGCAAAAGCACCUGCAACCCUGCAGACCCCGCCAAACCUAUGCCCGUAAUAACUGAACCUCCGACCAGUAAUUCAAGAACAACUAGAAGAAGCUUAAGAAACACUGCCGAGGAGGAUCAACGGGGCGCCACGUUCAAAGAGCCCGAGUUUGUUCUUCUGAACGGCCCAACCCCAGAAAAUGACAGCUGCAGUAAUUCCUCCACAGAAGAUGGCAAGAAGGCAGGGAAAAUAAAAAUUGUCGGAAACUACUGGAUCAGCCCGACGAGAGAUUCAGAGGAGGAUGUCAAAGAUCCUUUAGCCAUCGAAGAAAGUGAUAAAAUGGUGUUGCGCAAGAAACGGAGUGUUGGGUCCAUGGAAGACCUCUGGGACGAGAGCAUUUUAGAGGAAGGACACAAGCGGUCCAAAUUAGUGGACAGCCUAGAGUCGCCCAGGACAACCACCCCGGUGAUAAAAAUAUCCUUCGGCGGGCAGCGCACUGUGAUGAAAAUACCCUCCAAGGUCCAGAGCUUUGACAGUGUCGAGAACUCUGAGAACGAGUCCGAACGGGCUGCCAAGAAGGCCAUGAAGAAGGCAAAGAAGAGAAAGUUUGAUUGGGAAGUUCCACCCAAUUUUGGCGAGGGUCGGAGGCACAAGCACAAGCACCUGAAGAAGCACAAGAAGAGCCGGCACAGAGACGAGCACGACGACGAACAGUGGAAUGUGUCCCAGACGGACGAGGAGAUCAAGGAGCAAUGUCUGAAGCAGCGCCUCUCCAUCAGCCUGAAAAGACUGAACGCGACCGCGUACAUGCGGCGCGACCAGGAUGACCCAACACCCUCGAGCAGCACCUCGCCCAGUCCAGACGGCAGCGAAGACGUUCCCAACUUCCCCGAGACUGACCUGGCAGCCGAGCCGCCGGCGCCAGAGUCGCACGAGCCUGAGCAGAUGGUCACCCUCUCCGUCCAGUCGUGCGUCACGGCCGAGGGCAGGAGGAUGAACGUCGGCGACGUCGUCUGGGGAAAAAUUCACGGCUUCCCAUGGUGGCCGGGCAAGCAGCUGUUUCAGCCCUGCAGGCCUCAUCAGCAGUACCUAACUUCCAAAUAAAAUUUCAUACCACAGUAUUAGCUGCAGAGAACUUUGAAUAACCGAUCAUUAAAAAAAAACGAUUGCCCGCACUCAUCCCUGAGCGCAAACGAAAAGAGAAAACGAGUAACGAAAGACAACCCCACAACUCUUAUCUCCCUGUGAUAAUAAUUCCCUCUUUAAUUACGCACAAAAUCCAUCCUUUCUUAUUUGACCUAUUUUCAAGGGGGGAAAAUUACUCUUAACAUCAUGUAAAAUUUCUAGAAGGGAAAAAUAGAUAUGUUAAAAAAUUUUAUCCUUCCAUUACUUGUGGCCAUUGUAAAGCCAAUUUUUAUUAAAUUCGCCAAUAUGAUUUUUUUCUAUUUUUAAUUUUCACGCAUUUAAAAUUACUUUAAAAUAUUGACAGUUAACAGUUUUUUCGCAUUCUAGGAAAAUGCUUAAUUUUGACCAUAAAAUUAAUGGAUCGGAUUCUAUUACGACGUUUCCUUGAUGUAAUCUACGAUAUCCAUUUGAAAAGUUUGGAUUUAAACAAUUCAGCGUGUAAUUGGUAACAAUGCUAUAAAUUCCCAAGUGAAUUAGCUGAUGGAGCUAACAAAAGCUUUGUAUUGUAAGUUUUCAUUCAGUUGUGGAGAAAUGUAAAAAUUUAUUCAAAUCCCAUUAUAAAAAUGUGAUCAGUAAAUUUUUCUAAAUUGCAGUAAUCGUUAAAAUGUCAAACGUUGAAUCGUAAUAUUUUCCAACAAAUGGCGCCACCGUGUACAUGCGAUUUUAAUACACACCAUUGCGAUUUAGGACUUUAUCCUGCUGCUGUUAAUUCAGUCCUUUAAAUGAUUACUUUUGACGUGCUGAAAACAAACAUCAGUACAGUCAAUCGCCACAAAAACGUCGGGAAAGAUUUUUGUGUUAUAAAAUAUCGUUUUUCACGUUAUUCACGCCGAUUUUCGUUUCUGGCUGAAUGCACAGAAGCAGGAUUGAGUCCUAAUUCGCAAGGGAAAUGCCUUCCAUUCGCAAGUUUUCGGUUUGCCAUCUGAUGGCGGCUUCAAACAUAAGGGUUUUCGCAAUUUGUGAAUUAAAUUUAUUUUUAUGGAUCGGCGCUCAUCCAUCUACAAAUUUUAAGAAGCAAGGACGCUCUAAAUUAAUUGUUUAGUCUGUAUUAAUUCUUGUUAUAUUCCCACCAAACAUCCAACUGUUUAAUUAUUAGUUGCACCUCUGCGGGAAUUAAAUAAUAUUUAUUUGCUAAUUUCGCUGCC